AUGUCUGCGAACGGGAAGAAGGAAGCGCGCCGAUGGGCCGUCGACCUGGCGGACGCAGCGUCGGGGAUCUCGAGGGACGUUCCCGAUCCGCCUGGAUUCAACCGAAACGCGGCAGAACUGGCGUCCAGUGGCAGCGGAUCCAAGGCGCUGACACAGAAAGAUAAGGCCCUUGACCCAGCAAAGAAGCAGGAGCGUGCAUGGGCUCUGGCCCAGUCUCCCACCAAGAAUCUCCUCAUGAUGGGAUUCAUGCUUUGGAUGGCUGGCAGUACAGUGCAUCUUUUCAGCAUCGGAAUCACCUUCUCCAUCCUCUGGCAACCCAUCUCAGCGCUACGGACCAUCAAUGCUGCAUUUGAGCCGUUCAAGGACCCCAAGGUGGAUGUGGUGCUGCCAAAGAUGAUGUAUGCCGCAGUCAACCUCUUCCUCCUCUCCAUCGGCCUCUGGAAGUUGAAUGGAUUGGGAUUGCUUCCGACUCGUCCUGCUGACUGGAUUUCAUCACUCCCUCCCAGACCAGUUCCAGAGUUUUCAGCUGGUGGUAUAUCACUAUAG